AUGUUGUGUUUUUUCUUCUUUCUUUUUUCUUUCUUUUUCCUUCUUUACUUCUGCCAUCGUUUUACUUUUUGUUUUUCUAUCUUUCUUUCGGACACUUUCAUUCUCUCUUAUUUUAUACUUCUUCUCUCUUUUAUUUCCGUCUUUCACUUUUUGUUUUAUCAUUUUUUUUUCUUUUCUUGUCGCGGUUUUCUGUUCUUAUUUCUUUUUUUUUUUCUUCCUCCUUUCCUUUUUCUCUCCUUCGUUGUCUCUCUUUUUCUCUUUUCAUCCUUCUUUGUUUCCAUCAUUCUCUAUUUUUUUAAUCUUUCUUUCUUUACACUUUUCUCUAUUUUUCUUUUUCUUUCUUUCCAUCUUUCUCCCUUUUCAUCCUUCUUUUUUCAAUCUUUCUUUCCAUCUUUCUUUUCUUCCUUAUUUCUUUUCUUCUUUUCAUCUUUUUCUCUUUUUAUCCUUCUUUUUAACCUUUCAUUCUUUAUUGUUUUAUUUGCUUUAUGUCUUCUCGUUUAUCAUUCUUUCUUUCUUUCUUUCUUUCUUUCUUUCUUUCUUUCUUUCUUUCUUUCAGUCGAAUGUUACGUGUACAGAUUCAUUUUGUCCAAAUUGCGCUUUAAUCUGUUCUUAACUAUCCAUCUAUCUAUUAUUAAUUAUCAAUCUGUCUAUCUAUCUAGCGAGCUAGCAUUUUUUAUCUACUGUUCAUUAUCAAAUCUAUCUGUUAUAUCUAUCUAUCUAUCUAUCUAUCUAUCUAUCUAUCUAUCUAUCUGCAUAUAUAUUAUCUAUCUAUCUAUCUAUCUAUCUAUCUAUCUAUCUAUCUAUCUAUCUAUCUAUCUAAUUCUGCUCGUAUCAGUCUAUAAGAAGAGUGCUCAGUUAUCUAUCUAUCUAUCUAUCUAUCUUGGCCUCGUCAUUAUCUAUUUACCUAUCUAUAAACAUUAUGCAGAGACUCUAUCUAUCUAUCUAUCUUGGCCUCCUCAUCUGUUUACCUAUCUAAAAACAUUAUGCAGACACUAUCUAUCUAUCUAUCUAUCUAUCUAUCUAUCUAUCUAUCUUGGCCUUGUUGGAAGCGUUUGA